AUGGCACAAGACCAGAGUGCCUCCAAGAGGCCGCGCAAGAUGUCACGCCUACCUAGAGUAUACAAAGUAGAAAAGCGUCCACUGCUACGCGCACCAAUCGCAUCACAAUACGCCAGCGCCGAUGUUCCCAAGAUUGUCUAUAUUUCCACAAAAACACCCUUCAUGUCAGCUGUAAAGCGCGUGCAAAAGCUGCUCGCUCAGGCGGAAAAGCGUUUGGCCCAAUCCGCCGCUGAUCAAGUCUCCAAACGUCCCAAGUACUCCCACAUCAACGACGAAAUCAGCGACAUCGAGCGUAUCGCUGCCACCAUGGCUGCACAGAAACACGAACAAGACGAGAUCGUGCUCAAGGGUACCGGAAAAGCAAUCGCAAAAGCUUUGAGUCUGGCACUAUGGUUUCAGCAGAGGAGUGAAUACAAUGUUCGUAUCGAGACUGGCACGGUGGGAGCCAUUGACGACAUCGUCCCUCCAGAAGACGAGGAUGAGGCUAUGAAAGAUGGUGAAGAGGACAUUCCGGAGUCCAGGAUCCGCUACGCCAGCACCGUCCAGAUCUUUGUCUCGGCAGCCACAUGA